UGCAGCAACUCUAAAGACGGGGCGGAUUUUCGCGGUUUUCUUGUUUUUCGGUUUCCCUUCCUUAUUUUUUUUUGUGCGCAUCUAUUUCCCAAAGGGAUAAGGUUUUUUUUUCAGCUUUUUUUAUUUUUACUUUUUUUCUUCUUUUUCUUUGUCUGCACUGUAAAAGUAUGGGUAAUACUGUCUCGAAAAAACAUGGACGUAAAGAUAAGAGAGCAAAGAGCAAGAGUAUGCCUCCACCCCCUCGUUUGGAAUUACCAGAGAAUGACAAGAGUACCAAUACGACCCAUUCCGUUAGCUCGAUUCUCAUGAACUCACAACAUCGUAAUUCGUUACCUGCCCGACCCACGACUCACGGUGAUUCGGCAUUAGCUCGGUUGAAUCCGGAUUACCCCGUCGGUAGUAAACCGUCGCCGCCGUCGGCGAGCGAUACAGACGAACAACAAGAUACCAUCCACGCCUCGGACCCGUUCCAAGGCAAAGUGGAAAAUUUGCAACAACAUAAAUUACUGGCCACUUCGGAUUUUUGGCCACCGCAAGGACAAGAUAAACAACUAUUGGAUGCCGACGCUAAUCAAUUAACGGUCGGGUCCAUGAACCAGUUGACGGUGAACUCGAUCAACAAUCAAUUGACUGUUAAUUCCAUGAACAGUAUAAAUACAACUACCAACAUUGACGAAUUUAUCCAUCGAUUACUGGAAGCAGGCUAUACUUCCAAGGUUUCCAAGCAACUGUGUCUCAAGAGUUCCGAAGUCAAUGCGAUCUGUCGUGCCGCCAUGGAGAUCUUUCUCAGUCAACCGUCCUUGCUAGAGCUUUCACCACCUGUCAAGAUUGUCGGUGAUACUCACGGACAAUACUCUGACCUGAUCCGACUUUUUGAGAUGGGCGGAUUUCCACCCAGCAGCAACUAUCUAUUUUUAGGAGAUUACGUCGAUCGCGGAAAACAGAGUCUAGAAACCAUGUUGCUUCUUUUGUGUUACAAGAUCAAAUAUCCCGAAAAUUUCUUUUUGUUGCGGGGCAAUCAUGAAAGUGCCAACGUGACCAAAGGUAAGUCCAUCCAUUCAACUUUUAUUAGCAUGAAUCCAGGUAAAAGUAAAAUGGCUCAUUGGAUCCCGGUUCAUGGUAUUGUAGUUUACGGUUUUUACGAUGAGUGCAAGCGACGGCUGAGUCCAAAGAUGUGGCGAACAUUUGUGGAUGUCUUCAACACGUUACCUAUUGCCGCGUUGGUCGCCGGCAAGAUCUUCUGCGUGCACGGUGGAUUGUCGCCGUCACUUCACAACAUGGACGAAAUUCGCAACAUUCAACGACCUACCGACGUUCCCGAUUACGGUUUGCUGAACGAUUUGCUGUGGUCGGAUCCUUCAGAAGUGACGGUGGAUUGGGAGGACAACGAACGUGGUGUAUCGUAUUGUUUCGGCAAAAAGGUGAUUAACGAGUUCUUGGCAAAGUUCGACUUGGAUCUAGUGUGUCGUGCGCACAUGGUUGUCGAAGAUGGGUACGAAUUCUUCAAUGAUCGUACGUUGGUCACUGUUUUCUCGGCUCCCAAUUACUGCGGUGAAUUUGACAAUUUUGGAGCCAUCAUGAGCGUGAGCGAAGAAUUACUUUGCAGUUUUGAACUUUUAACGCCGGCCGAUCAUCCGCUGGCUAAAGAGAAACUGAACAAGAACAACAAGCAAAAGAAAUAACUAGAAAAAGGGCGUGGUUUCUUGUUUAUCAGUUUUCUUUUUAUUGAUUUACUUGAUGUCCCCCGCUUGGUGACUCGCAACCCAACGAUCGAUAUUCCCAUCUGCACACGUAUCAAACACCCACCCAUCCUACACUCACACAACUCGAACACACGCAUGCAACGCACGCAACAAAUACUUACGCGCGCACAAAAAAAAACACAACACGAACAGGCACUGUCAUCUUCUGUUCACUUGUGAACGUUAUUUUGUUUCCUUUCUGCUCUCUGUUUCUUCCUUUUCUUAUUCUUCUUUUUGUUUGCUUAAUUGUAAUGUAUAAAGCGUUUUUUUUUUGUGCCGCCAAUGAACCUCCAAGCAAGAGUAACGGGAAACCCAAAAAAAAAUAGAAAAAGCGUAAUAUAACGAAUGCGGGGAUUGAAUUGUGUUUUGCUUUCGUCACCCUCGGCCCACCCUGGGGCUCCCUUUUUUUUUUCAACAGCAUACA